GGCUUACAUCAUACCCAAUCAAGAUUAGACAGAGAUAAUUACAUUAACAUUGACUUAUCGAAAGUUGCUCCAGAAUAUCAACAUAAUUUCAAUACAUAUGCCAAUCCUCAUAAUGAUGAUUUUGCAGUGGAAUACGAUUACAAUUCCGUGAUGCAUUACGGAAGGACUGAUUUCAGUACAGAUGGAACAGACGUUAUAACUCCUAUUAUAGGUACUGCAUUAAUUGGACAGCGUUUGGGCAUGAGUUACUUCGAUUAUGUUACUAUCAAUCAAAUGUACGGCUGC